UCAGGGGCCGGGCUCAGGGCGGUGGUCGCCAAACCCGCAGCGACGUUCUCAUCCGACCAAUGAAGUGGUCAGGAAACCACCAUGGUAGCUGCAAACGACUCGUCAUACAUUUUUCAUGAUGUCGCUAUGAGUUAAGUCUAUAUGUUGAUGUAUUUAUAUACAUAUUUCAACAUGUGCUAUGAUUUAUCUCAGCCAUCCCAGCGCGAAUUGGUCACAAAGUUUCAACGUUCAUCUCCAAGUAUCUUCCAUUGAAGCAAACAAGCACUAUAUACGCAAUUGCGUUGAUCCAGCCCCAUAACAACCAUGAGUUUCAUCUACAGCCAGCUUAUCAAAACCCUGCCGUAUCCUUCGGCCUCGUAUGCCGGCAAAACUGUUGUCGUCACCGGCAGUAAUAUUGGCCUCGGCAAGGAGGCUGCGAGGCACUUCGCCCGGCUGGGUGCCAGCAAGCUGAUCCUCGCCGUCAGAAGCCUCGACAAGGGGCGUGCCGCCAAGGAGGACAUCGAAGCUACCACAAACUGCGCCAAAAACGUCAUCGAAGUGUGGGAACUCGACAUGUCCAAGUAUGCCAGCGUGCAAAAGUUCGCUUCCCGGUUGAGCACUGGGCUGGAGCGUGUUGAUAUCUUCAUUGCCAAUGCGGGCGUGGCUCACCCCAAGUUCAAGCAGGCGGAAGAGGAUGAAGAGACAAUCACCGUCAACGUCAUUUCCACAUUUCUUCUUAUGGCCCUCGUCUUGCCCAAGAUGAAGGACACGGCAGCCAGAUUCAACACUCGACCCACUUUCACCAUCACAUCCUCGGAGGUGCACGCCUGGACACCGUUUGAGGAGCGCAAUGCACCCGACGGCCAGAUCUUCAACACCAUCAACGAGAAAGCCUCGAGGCCGUCGGAGGAUGUGAGCAACCUUUACCUGCUUUCAAAGCUCUUCGAGGUGCUUGGUGUGAGGAAAUUCGCCGAGAUGCACCCCGCUCCAGAAUACCCCGUUACCGUUAACAACGUUAACCCGGGCUUCUGUCACUCGGAACUAGCCCGCGAUAUAGACUCGUGGAAAAUGUGGCUAAUGAAGCGCUUCCUGGCCCGGACAACGGAGUAUGGCAGCAGGAACUUGGUGUAUGCUGGAUCAGCAGGCCUUGAGUCUCACGGACAUUAUGUUUCGGACUGCGCCGUGGCGAAGCCGUCGCCAUUUGUGAGAAGUAAAGAGGGAGAAGUGGCACAAGAUCGGAUCUGGAGUGAGCUUGUGAAAAGGUUGGAGGCCAUUCAGCCUGGUGUUAUGAGCAACAUUUGAUGUUAUUAGCUACGCCGAUUGUGCUGUUCCUGUUCUUCCAGUUUCCUGUUUCAUUCGGGCGUUCGUCAUCUCAAAGCAAUUUGGUCAGUGACUAGUCUACAAUUGAAAUAGGUUUGAUUAUGAUCAUAAUUCAAGGCUGCCAUUCUUGUUACGUGUGUAAGUUUAUGUUAUACACUCUUGAACACCGGGGAACUUGCCAAGUUACGCAGAAAGUAAAU